ACCACUGAUGGCUAACGGGUGACGUAAACAUUAAGCUUGAAAUUUUAAAAGUACUAUUUGAUAUAGGUGCAUUUUUAAUGUAUUAAUUUCCUAGUUUAAUGCAAACGUAGCCAUCUCAUUUAGUAUAACCAAUAUCGUUGCAAGGAAGGUGUUCGAGUUCUUUUUGGUGGUAAUUCAGAAUUGUAUGAAGCGAGUUUCAAUAUUUGUAAUUAGGAGAAGGGCUUAUUAACGCAUAUAAUUUAUUUUAAAUAUUUAAAAGAUCUUUAGAAUGCAAUGCUUCCCCGUCGUCGAUAUGUUGGUGUAUCAGAGCGGCCGAUCCCUGUUGCAACAGUAGAACCAUACAAUAAACUAGAUAAGAAGGGAACACAUUUUCCUUCACAAUCGCAAAGUACUCAAUUCGAGAAAAGUUCCACUGACGGUUUAAGCGGUCAAAGUUUAGAUUUUGAUUUGCUAGAAGAGUUUAUAUUUGAACCAGUAAUGGCUGCCAGGGAUAGAACACAAGAAUUUUCAGCUGCUGUUCGUAGCCUUCAAGGUCAAACUUUAGCAAGACCAAUUGCUAAAGAUGACCGCAAAGCGGCUGCCCUUGCCACAUAUUCACAAUUCAUGAGUAUGGCUAAGGUGAUAAGCAAACAUAUUACUAGCACAUAUUCUAAAUUGGAGAAACUAGCUUUGCUUGCAAAGAAAAAGUCACUAUUUGAUGACCGGCCAACAGAGAUACAAGAAUUAACAUAUAUAAUCAAAGGCGACCUUAACUUUCUCAAUCAACAGAUUGCUCGCCUUGGUGAAAUGCCAAGGGGUCGCAAAAGCAUGCAUAGCCACUCUUCAAGUGUUGUCUUGGCUCUUCAAUCACGCCUUGCAUCUAUGAGCAAUCAGUUUAAACAGGUGUUGGAAGUCAGAUCAGAGAAUUUGAAACUUCAAAAUAGCAGACGAGAGCAGUUUUCAAGCUCAUCAAGACCUAUUGUCAAGGAAGUGCCGACUCUCCUAAGUGCAGAUGAUGUCAACAUUGGUUUUAGGGAAGCUUCAUUACAAGCCCAACAGAUGGCACUGAAAGAUGACAGUGACACUUAUGUGCAACAACGAGCGGAGACAAUGCACAACAUAGAAAGUACUAUUGUUGAAUUAGGAGGAAUAUUCCAGCAAUUAGCACAUAUGGUAAAAGAACAGGAUGAAGCAAUCGGGAGAAUCGACACAAAUAUUGCAGAAGCAGAAAUGAAUGUGGAAGCUGGGCACAGGGAAAUAAUGAAAUAUUUUCAAAGUGUUACGGGUAAUCGAGCAUUGAUGUUUAAAGUAUUUGGUGUGCUGAUAUUUUUCUUCAUUUUCUUUGUGGUAUUCAUGGCUUAAUUUCUUUAAUUCAAAUUGUGUCUAUAAUAGAAAUCAUUGUAUAUAAUUUUACUUUGUAUUUCAACUCAUUUUAUAAACAAAUAUUUGUCAUCAGAUUUUGGUGAUUCAUUUAGAUUACUAAUGUAAUUUGGUAUUUAUAAGAAAAUAGGUAAUAUUAUAAAGGUAUAUAGGAUAA